AUGAUAUGUGGUCGACAAGCGUUCAUAGGUGCGUGUGUCGCAUGCUUAAGCCAUAGGGGAGAGACCGGUGCAAUUGAGGGAGGUGAACCCAUCGAUGAUGGAGGAGGAGAACCCGAGGCAUUGAGUGAUGAUGAUGACUUGAAGAAAUCAGGGGAGGAAUGCUCGGGUAUAGUGGUGUUUGAAGGUGUGGAAGGCAUAGCAAUUGUGUCAUCAGAGAUGGAUUCUUGGGCUUGGGGGAGCGAGAAGAGCCCUCAUCCAAGUUCAGAGUGCACCACAGGGAACCCAUUCGCGUCCCUUGAGCAAAUAAAUCAAGUUGCAGAAUUUAAUCGACACAGGAAUGAUCCUUAUUCCAACAUGUACAACCCCGGUUGGCGAAACCAUCCAAAUUUUUCACGGAGCAAUACUCAGAAUGUGCAGAGACCACCACCUGGCUUUCUGGCUCAAGAGAAGAAAAUAAAUUUGGAAGAUGCGGUUACCCAGUUGACUAUGUCUACCACUCAAUUUAUGACGGAAAUAAAAACCCAGUUUCAGAAUCAAAGCGUUUCUAUUCGAAAUUUGGAGAUGCAAGUAGGCCACCUAGCUAAUGUAUUGAGUGGAAGAAAUCAAGGAGUAUUGCCAAGCCAACCUGUAAUUAAUCCGAAAAAUCAAGAAACAAGUAAUGGCAAUACAAUUCGGGAAAAGAAGCAAGUAAAUACAGCGGUCGACUUGGAAAAAGAAAAAUUAGAAAAAGAGAAAGAAGCUGAGAAAUCCCAAGAAGAAGAAAAUUAUGCUGUUAUGCUGACUCCUUCUCCUCCAUUGAAGCCAUAUGUCCAACCGAUCCCUUUUCCGCUGACGCUGAAGAAAAAUAAAAUUGAUGAGCAAUCUUCUAAUUUCUUGGAGACGUUCAAAAAGGUGCAAAUCAACAUUCCAUUCGCUUCAGCUUUGGAAAAAAUGCCAAGUUUUGAAAAAUUCAUGAAACACAUCCUCUCGAAGAAAAGGAAAUUUGGUGAUCAUGAGAAAAUCCAACUGACUGAGGAAUGUAGUGCAAUCCUGCAAUGA